UACACACACACACACACACACACACACAUCCCCGCAGGCGCGAUAAUGAUGAGCUACAGGAGCGCCAUGAGGCACCAGAAUGUGGUGGACGAUUGCCAGAGGGUUAGCUGCAACAAGGAUUCGAGCAGCGCUUACUCCGAGGCGCUGUCCGGUCGCUGUGUGAUUGUCAAGGAGAUUGUGCUGGGCUGCCGCAUCGAGUGGAGCGACCCCGACAUGCCGCCCAUGUACGACCAGACCUGGUGCGUCUAUCUGCGCCAGCAGGAGGGCAAUGCCAGCAUGGAGAAGUAUGUGCGCCGCGUCACGUUCCGCAUGUCGCCGCGACUGCCGAUGCGCCUGCAGGUGGCGGACAGCGCCCCGUUCGAGAUCACCGAUGUGCUGGUCUCCGAUUUUCCCAUCGAGAUGCAGGUGGAGUACACGGACCCAAAAAUGACGGCCACCUCGUACGUGUUUCCGCCGCCCCGCCUCGCGGGACGCACGCCCGAGGAGACGACGGACAAGAUGAUCUUUGUGAAUCCAUCGGCGGACAUGCGGCUCAGUCUGACUGCCAGCAGCAGUCCCGCCACACUGGCCGUGGCCACAGGCGCAAGCUCCAGCGCUUCCUCGCUGCCAUCCAAUUCCCGGGGGGCCAAGAAGGGGUUGCUGGCAGGGUUGGACGUGAAGAAGGCGGCGAAGCCAAAGAAGUCUGGAAUGGCCGCCAAGAGGUUCAAUAUCCGCUAAGUUCCCCGUACCCCCGUCCAGGCUGGC